AUGAAAAAUAUAAACAUAAUUGAAGAUUCUAAAAGUGAAGAUAAAAGUGAUAAAGAAAAUGAUGAUAUUUCUGAAACUUCUGAAGAAGAAAAUAAUGAUAGUGAGAUGGCUAAUAAUAUAAUAAUUGGUAAUGAAGAAGAAUCCUUUAUACAAUUUCAUGAACCUGAUUUUAAAUGUAAUGACAAUGAUAUCACAAUGGGUGAAUGUAAUUCAAAAUUGGAUAGGUAUUAUUGGUAA